GGUCACCGCGCUUUGUUAGCCUGGGGCGCCACCUGCUGGCUGCGAAGUAGCCUGCGGUGGCGGAGGCCCGAGGAGCCCAGGUCGUGGAGACCCCCCGCUGGAGGGGAGGGGGGGCGCAUUUAUGGAGCGGCGACGGUGUGCAGGGCGCCAGGUGUCAUUUCGCCAAGAAAACCCCUUACGGGGUCGCGAGGAGUCGGACACGACCGAACAACUUCAAAUAAGCCAGGCACCGAGCUGGACGCUUAGGGAGACCAGAGCCCAGGCAAGCCCUGACAGUGUAGUUAGAAGAGAUGGGCAGUGAAGGCAAAAACAGCAUGGAGCCCCGGGGGUGCUGAAUUACAGGAGUGGCUAAAUAAAGUUCUUUACCUGGGUGGAUAGAGUGUCAGAGCUGGGGAAAAAAAUCUUCGAAACCAAGAGCAAACCUCUCAUUUUACGAGUUAGGAGAUUUAGUCUAGGGAAGUGCAUAUUUCUUUGGUUUACCAUUUUCCCGGUCCCUUCAUCGACAUACCUUCUAAAGAAUAGUUUUUUUCACUGGGGCAUAAUUAAUCCCUUUUCCUAGUAGCUGAGACAGUCCGUAGGUAUGCUACCAUUUCAAAAAUAAAAUAAUCCUCUAUCUUGGAGGGUAGAAUAUGAUUUAUUUUAUUCCCAUUAGCAAUAGUUGAAAUCCCACACCAAAAGUUUACCUGCAGAGAGGGAAAAUGUUCCUGGUUUUUUAAAACGUCUGUCACCGGUGAAAUGUUUCCAAUUAAGAAAAUUGACAUGAAAGUUAAUCAAGGGAAUAAAAAGUGGAGGCCUAAUUAUCAAAAUGCGUUGUUCAAUUUCCCUUCCUUGUAUCUCUUCCCACAUUUCCCAGCUAAGUUCCUAUCUUCAAAUAAUCAUCCAAAAUAAUGCAUCUUUACAUGUAUUCAAAUGAAGAAGACAGUCUUUAAAUCGGUCUGCUGCAAAUCCUGAGACUCCAAACUCAACCAUCUCGAGAGAAGCCAGUACCCAGUCAUCAUCAGCCACAGCCAGCCAAGGAUAUGUUUUACCAGAAGGCAAAAUCAUGCCAAAUACAGUCUUUGUUGGUGGAAUUGAUGUUAGGAUGGAUGAAACAGAAAUUAGAAGCUUCUUUGCUAGAUACGGUUCGGUGAAAGAAGUGAAGAUAAUCACUGAUCGAACUGGUGUGUCCAAGGGCUAUGGAUUUGUUUCGUUUUAUAAUGAUGUGGAUGUGCAGAAAAUAGUAGAAUCACAGAUAAAUUUCCAUGGUAAGAAGUUGAAACUGGGACCGGCUAUCAGGAAACAAAAUUUAUGUGCCUAUCACGUGCAGCCACGUCCUUUGGUCUUUAACCCUCCACCAGCACCACAGUUUCAUAGUGUCUGGAGUAAUCCAAACACAGAGACAUAUAUGCAGCCUCCAGCAAUGAUGAACCCCAUCACUCAGUAUGUCCAGGCAUAUCCUCCUUAUCCCAAUUCACCAGUCCAGCUCAUCACUGGAUAUCAGCUGCCUAUAUAUAACUAUCAGGUACCUCCACAAUGGCCUGCUGGGGAACAAAGGAGUUAUGUUAUACCUCCGGCUUAUACAGCUGUGAAUUAUCACUGCAGUGAAGUGGACCCAGGAGCUGAAGUCCUGCAGACGGAGUGCUCUGUCCAUGAGGUCACACAGUCCUCUGGGAAUGGCCAACAAAAGAAAUCUGUGGACCGAAGCAUACAGACAGUGGUAUCCUGUUUGUUUAAUCCAGAGACAAGGCUGAGAAAUGCUCUUGUAACACAAGAUGACUACUUCAAGGACAAAAGAGUACAUCACUUUAGAAGAAGUAGGGCUGUGCUUAAAUCCGUUUGAAUCCUCUCUGCUGAAGCUUCCAGUGUUGUGGACAAUAGUUACUGUUUUUGAGUAUUACGAAGAUACAGAGAGUUCCUGUUUUCCACUAUUAUGGAAAGUUAAUUCUGAAUUUUUUGACAACUUAUUGCAAGACUUUCUGAGCAAGUUGUGUUAAUUUUCUUAGUAUGUUGUGUUUAUUUUGCAUUGAAACUAUUCUACUUUGGAUAUUCACUUAGUAAUUGGUUCUAUGUUGAGUUAAAAGGGAAAAAGUCAGUUGAAGUAGACAGGUGUAACGUUAGGGUUUACAUGUUAGUGCUUCAACUGGUACUGAAAUGUUUUUGAGACUUUAAAGACAAAUUGUUGGUUUUCAAAAUUUUGCUUUAUACAAACUUAGUGUUUUGAAAGGUCAGAAUCUUGACAGUUCGACUGUUCUUAGCAUUUAAUCUCCAACAAAUACCUCUUCAGCAGUACGAUAUUUACACUACAGUGCUUUGUGUUUAUAAUUUAAUCCUAGAAAUUUACCACAGAAGCAGACUUUUUAAAACUGCAUUUUUAAUCAGUGGAACCAAAUAUAUAAAGUUGUAGCUUAAUUGAAGACUUCCAGUUCCAAACCCAGUAUUACAUAGCAGAUUCUCUACAGACAAUCCAAUCAUUGGGUGUUAUGUUUAUUAGUUCAAUUUUGCUUACGAAGUACCAGGAGUCCAACAAUAGAUAAUUGAUUGGGAUGGCAAUUAGGGUAAUUCAAAUUCUGGGUGUAAUUUUAAAAACUGAUACUAACCAAACCUUACUAGAUACAUAAGCUUCUCAGUGGGUUACUUUUCUUUUUCUUCUUUUUUUUUCUUUCCUUUUUUUUGUGUUUUUUAUUGCUAAAAUUUACUUCAGUAGCUAUAUCUAAAUUGUGCAAAAUAUUGGCAUUAAAAAGGAUGCUGAAGCUUUUUUUAUGUCACUUAAAGGUUAAUC